CACAUGACAUGACUUUUACACUAACCUCAACCUCUCCAAAUCUGACAGUUUACAGCUGAUCAUACGUGUACAAUAAUUGUAGGUCGAUCAAAAAAUGUAUAGAAAGAUACAACAGAAAUGAGUUACAGUAUCCCAUUUACCGGCACACCGUUAAUAAAUUCAGACGAAUAUUUAUCGCGAUGGUCAUAAAUAAUGUUUACACAAAGUUUAUCGAUAUUUUUAAGUAUAUUGGUGUUCAACCAGUGUUUGGCUUAUUUCAAUGUUGACAAACAAGAUCACUGUUUUUGCCAAUUAUCCGGGGCAAUCGAUGAAUGUUCAUGUAAUAUCGAUACAGUUGAUUAUUUUAAUAAUGUUAAAAUUUACCCCAGGUUGAAAAGUUUGCUGUUGAAGGAUUAUUUUAGAUUUUACAAGGUAAAUUUGAAAAGACCAUGCCCAUUUUGGAUAGACGAUAGCAAAUGUGCAAUGAAAGAUUGUCACAUAAAGCCCUGUCCCCCAGAAGAUAUACCUGAUGGGCUCAAAGGUACUGAAAAACAGAAGCGACCACCUGCUGCAGGACCCCACCCCAGUAAAAAAUAUUCCAAGCAAGCUAAUGAAGACUGUACAGAACAUCACGAGUUAGAUUAUUUGAAUAAAACGAUUUCCGAGAAACUCCAAAAGGAACUUCAACUUUGGGAAGCUUAUGAUGAUGCCACAGACAAUUUUUGUGACAUAGAUGAGAGUGAUGAAGAAGCAGAGUAUGUUGAUUUGUUGCUAAAUCCCGAAAGAUUUACAGGGUAUUCAGGUGAAUCAGCCCAUCGAGUGUGGAAAAGCAUCUACUUAGAAAACUGCUUUAGACCAAAAACAUCCUUCAGUUUCAAUCCGUACAUCCAAAGCAACAAACUACAGGAACUCUGUCUAGAAGAAAGGGUUUUCUAUAGGUCAAUAUCCGGUCUGCACGCCAGUAUAAAUACACAUCUAUGUGCGGAUUACUUAAUAACUAAGGAUAAUAGUUUAGGUUUAGGAAGGGCUAAAUGGGGUGCGAAUCUAGACGAAUUUCAGAAGAGAUUUUCCCCAGAAAAUACGAACGGUGAAGGCCCCAAUUGGUUAAGAAACCUUUAUUUUAUUUAUUUAAUAGAAUUACGGGCUCUGGUUAAAGCAGCUCCAUAUUUGGAAAGCGAGGAAUUUUAUACAGGUAACGAAUCCAAUGAUUGGGACACCAAAAUGGCCAUCAAAGAUCUACUGAGCAUCAUAAAAUCGUUCCCUGAUCACUUUGAUGAAACUACCAUGUUCAGAAACUCAGAACAAGCUCAGAAACUGAAAUAUGAGUUCAAGCAACACUUUCGAAACAUAACAAGGAUCAUGGACUGUGUAGGAUGCGAUAAAUGUCGUUUAUGGGGAAAAUUACAAACGCAAGGUUUAGGAACCGCCUUAAAAAUACUAUUUAGCGGCAAAUUCGAUUCGAUGACUUAUAAUAGAUCGUUAGAUUCUCACAAUAAAAAGGAAUUUCAACUCCAAAGAAAUGAAAUAGUCUCUUUAAUUAACGCUUUUGGUAGGUUAUCAAACAGCGUUUAUAAAUUAGACGACUUUAGACAAAUGAUGAGAUAACAUAGGAUAUUUUAGCCAAAAAGUAGUUUCUAGUAAAGUUGUGACACCGUCAUAAAGCUGUAGGUAGCAAAAUAAUUGUAACAAAAUAUUCCCUGAGGACUGUUUAAAUUAAAACAUCGUUUUAAUACAAUUUCAAAUUAAAAUUUGAGUUUUUCGUAAACAAACAUUUAGGCAAGGGCGUCUCCAUGGGGGGAGCUAUGCCCCCCCCGAGAUGAAAAUUCUUACGAUUUAUGAGCCUUUUAUUUAAAAAAAUAUGCUAAAUAGGGAAUGGCUAAAGGCAAUGCUACCCCCCCCGAAAAUUAGUCUUGGAGCCGCCCUUGCAUUUAGGUACAAUGAUUAUUAAAUUUUUCAAUACAGAAUCUGCAAUUUUGAAAAUAUUCUGAUAUUCUUUAUAAUCAGAAAUCAGUAAAUCUCAAUGCAAUAAAUCUAAAAAGUGUUUCAUUGUGCUCUGGUAAUUUUUCAAAUCGAAUUAGUUUUUAUUUAUUAUUUAAUAUAAGCUUAUAAUUAGAACUAUAGGCCAGAAGAAUCCCCCUGUCACUAUCCUUUAAUUUUUAAAUGAUGUAACUAACCAGUUCGGACUUGUGUAUUGUUCAUCAUCACGGAAUUACAUUCUGUGUGAUGUGAUAAAAUAUCUCGGCAAAUAUCGGUAACAUUUUCCUCCUAGUCUCUAAGAAAUAAUUUUGCUAUUUCAUUUCCCAUUUUUAUUCUGGUCUCGUUAGGCCCAUCAUGAAUCCUCGAGUGGCAAAGUGUCAUCCUCUUGGCUCAUCAACCAGUCUAUUGUUCUGAAGUUGAUAAUGUCGCCAAGAUAUAUAUCUCGCUUUGUUCAUUUAGUGGCUGUCCUUUUAAUCGCCAUUUACGUCAAAAAGAAUGUACCUGUGAUCUACUCUUGUUUUGUUCUUGCCUGAUCCACUGAUUUUUUUUUAUCUCUUAAUGAAGUACCUACCUGUCAACAACUUAAUUCCAUACAUCAUACGUUACAUGUAUUCUUAAGUAGUUUUCCAUUUCUGUCUGUUGUCAUAUUUUUUUCGUCUCAUUAAAUAUACAUUAUUGUUAUUUUUUUUCCUUAUGAAACAUAGGAUAGACAUGCACUACACUUUGAAAUAUCUUUUGUCUUGGGGAUUCCAUUGCAAAACUGUGUGACGUUCAUUGCCCAAGGGAUCCCUAAGAAUAUAGAACUCCUCAUACUUCCCCUCAUGAGCUACUAUUAGUAGACCUAACUAGCCAUAACAUUCUUGCUUGUGUCCAAGCCAAUAAAAAACCAUUGGUGCUAUUAAAAUUUACAAUAUUUCCAUUAUUGCAGUAUAAAUUUGUUUUCCAACCUUCAAUACCUCAAAUGUUUAUCAUACUAAUUAUAAUCUGCUUAUUGUAGGUUUUCAUUUAAUGAAAAUUACAACUUUGCACAUUGAUCUGUCAGAAAUAGUUAAGUGAGAUACUGAAGUUUUUGAUGCGAUAGAUGUCUAAUUCGUUAUAAAAUAGUAUAUUUCUGGUUUAGUAUAAAAAUUAGUUGUACUGGUAUAGUACUACAAUUGAAAAUAGAG